GUUAUCAAAAUUUUAUCAUUGUUCAGAAAGAUAGUGGAUUGUAAAAUCAAAUAGACAUAGUGUAACGCGGUUAUACUGCUUUUGUAAACAAUUAAUUAGUAAAGUACAUAAAAUGCCUAAGAAGAUGGGAAUGAACUCAAAAGCAGUAGAGGCUCGUGACCGCAAGGAUGCCAACAAGAAGGCCAUCCAAGAACGCAAAGCAAAGGAAGCCGAAGACCGCUUGUGGCACGACGAUGACAAGAAUCUUGCCAAAAAACAACAGCGUCGUGAAGAAGAAGAGAAAAAACGGGCUGAAGCUGCGCGUCGUAAGGCGGAAUCCAAAGCUUUGUUGGAUCAGGAACUUAGCUCAAUAAACACCCAACGCAAGCAGCCGCUGGCUAAAAUCAAUCGCCAACAGAUAAUAGAAGAGCUGGAAAAGAAACAACGUGUUAUGGACGCAAUCAAUGAAGCCAACAAGCCCUUGGCCCCUCGUGUCGUACUACAGCACAACACCAUUGAGGAGAAUCUGAACAGAUCUCUAGCUGAUGCCAAUGUUGCCACAAAUGUUGACCAGGCCCUGGCAGUGCUUAGUGUCAAAGACAAUGAUGACGACAAGCAUCCAGAAAAACGUAUGAGAGCGGCCUAUAAAACAUUUGAAGCCAAUAAUCUUCAACGCAUUAAAGCUGAAAAUCCUUCAUUGCGUAUGUCUCAGUGGAAGCAACUUUUGAUGAAGGAAUGGAACAAGUCUCCGGAAAAUCCGUUUAAUCAGGCUUGUUGAAAGACCGCAGCCUGUCAUUUAGAUUGUGAAUUUAUUGUACUAUUUUGUUCAGUUUUUGACUGCCUAGCAGAAAAGCCCAUCAAUUGAAAAAUGUAAAAUAACUAUUUAGUUUAUGCUUAAAAUUUAAUUUUAGAAUGCAAAAAUAAAUUUGCCAGCCAUAUUUAUUAUUCAGAUAUUACUAUUGUCAUAUCGUUUAUACGAGCACAUACACCCUAUUUCAUUAGCAGAAAUUUUAAGCCCUCAAUGAUGGUGCCAUUUACUGUCAAAUUACUUACAUUACGGUUGUGCAACGAACGGGCAAUGGUAAUAAGCUGAUGGCACCUAAAUAUGUGUGUACCAUCUACUUUAAUGUGUAAUAAUGGCAAAUAUAAUUGACGAUCGCUUUUCUUUGCCCAUUAAAUUGUUAAUGUUUUGUUUG